UGUGCAUCUCUACAAGUGAAAGAAUUUAUAUUUUAGGUGAUUUGCUGAUCUGCCCUUAUGCUCUAUAUCCAGGACGACGUCUACAAAGAAUAUGUAAACAUGAUGAUGAACAUUGUCAUUCUGUCGAUGAUAUUGUGCAUAUCUUUGUCUUUCUGGAUAAUAUCUAUAACUGCGAGUACCUAUUACGGUACACUGCGACCAAUAUCGCCAUGGCGUUGGCUGGUUUCUGUGAUUAUGCCAAUUAUUAUUGUGUCACGUGGCCUAAAAAAGAAGAGCUUGGAUAGUAGUGGGGCCCUUGGAGGGCUGCUGGUUGGAUUUAUCCUCACUAUUGCAAACUACAGCUUUUUCUCAGCUCUUCUUACAUUUUUUUUUACUUCCUCCAAACUCACUAAAUGGAGAGGAGAACUGAAGAAGCGAUACGAUUCUGAAUACAAGGAAGGAGGCCAGCGAAACUGGGUGCAGGUAUUCUGUAAUGGUGGAGUCCCAGCAGAGUUAGCUCUGCUUUACAUGGUGGAAAAUGGUCCUGGUGAGAUUCCAAUUGACUUUUCCAAGGAGUACACAGCUUCAUGGAUGUGUCUGUCACUUCUGGGAGCUCUUGCCUGCUCAGCUGGAGACACAUGGGCUUCAGAGAUAGCUCCUGUUCUUAGCAAAAGUCCUCCUAGAUUGAUAACAACAUGGGAAAAGGUUCCAGUGGGUACAAAUGGAGGUGUUACAUUCAUAGGUCUCACAGCAAGUCUUUUAGGAGGCUUAUUUGUUGGCUUAGCUUAUUUUGUUACUCAGCUUUUGUUUGUCAGUGAUUUAGAAAUCGCAGCCCCUCAAUGGCCGAUUAUUUUGUAUGGAGGUAUGGCUGGUUUUCUUGGGUCUCUGCUAGACUCUUACCUGGGAGCAAUAAUGCAGUAUUCAGGGUAUGAUGAAAGCACGGGCAAGAUUGUUAAUCAUCCAACAAGUGAGGCAAAAUUAAUUUCUGGGAAGCCCAUACUGGAUAAUAAUACAGUGAACCUGUUCUCAUCAAUCCUCAUAGCUCUGCUACUGCCUGGAGUUGCUUGGAGUUUUUGGCCAAGGAUAUGAUUUUAUUUUAUGUGCACUUAAUGGACUUUGGAAGAUGGACAGAGACUUUUUGCU